AUGCUAGAGAACUGCAGUCGUCUACCAAACGGCUGCAGAUAUAAUACGCAAUUAAAAACUAUCGCCUUAGGAGUUUAUUUUCUUUCACCCUUAACUUAUCGACAUUUACGUCAAAGUUUUAAUUGGCCAUGUGAACGAACAUUACGAAAUUUUGUUCAAAGCUGGCCAAAAUCUCCUGGCUGUACUCAUAGCAGCAUUAAGGCCUUGGAGUUGCGAAGUCGCGGAUUUACAUACGAACAGAGAUUUGUUUCGAUAUCCUGCGAUGAAAUGUUUUUACGUGCUCACCUCCAAUAUGAUAGGCACAAUGAUAAAAUUAUUGGCCUUGAAGAUUUUGGUGACGAAGACCGUACUUGCAAAAUCGCAAGUGCAGUCUUGACUUUCAUGGUUCAAGGUAUCGGUGGCAAAAAUGGUCCCAACCUUUUGCAUAUUUCCUUGUAA